UUGUUGUGACUGCUCGUGUCGAACUGUAAAUUGAAUAUAUCACGUCUUUCUUGAUCUAACGGGUUUAAUUGCACGUUUCCGUGCGCUUCAGUUCCCCUUGGAUAUAAUUCAUCCACGAAAACCCCAAAAAAAUAAUGCCACGAUGUCAAGUUACAGUAGAAACACAGCUCAGGAAUCGGCGGUAGUCGAUUAUGAUCGGCAGUUCCAGGAGGAUUUGGAACGAGCGCAAGCUUUAAGUUUGGAGAGUUUGGCCCUGGAAAAAUUUCGUCUGCAGAGGCAACAAACAACACGUUCUAGCAACAGCAAUGUCCAGCAAUCCUGUCCUUCCAGAAGCAACGCCACUACUCAUUUCAGCGGUGGCGGCACCAGCAGCCCUAUUUCGGAACCAAAUGGAGCCGUAGAAAACAUCCAGCACAGGAGUCGACCUCGACCUGGUGUUUAUAAUUCGAGUCACUCUCGCAACGGUGUCAUAAUCGUCCCGCCACCACCUCCAAUCCCAUGCCGAAGAAAUUCGACAAAUUCGGCCGUAGGUAAUCAAGGGGCUGACUUGAUCAAUUUUACCAGUCCUAUAAAGCAGGACGCUUUAGCUGAAUAUUGUUCGACACCUGCUCCAACCCCUCCAUCGAAAAGUGCUGCUGUUUCUGCUGCUGUUGAACCAAAAUGGGACACUCAUCCAGCAGCCUUAAUGAGAAGAUCUUCGAGAGUUUCUCGAAGCAAUAGUUCGGCAGCUGCCUAUCAGCCUCGUGAUUUUCGAUAUCAGUCCCAUUCUCCUGGGCCUACUAAAGCUUCCACAGCGCCAUGCACCCCAGGAACGCCAGGAAUUAGUCCUGUUAUGUCGAGAGCCACCAGCAUCUCCAGCAAUGUCUCCGGACAAAUUCCACAAAUACCUCCCCUGCCGAUGAAUUAUCGGACUGGAAUUCCCUCCCCUGUGACUAGUACUGGACUUUCGAAAUUUCCGUACGCAGUGGAUGAAGGCCAAUUGAGUGUCUUAAAAGUCAUUGAGAAGCAACCAAAUAGCAAUCUGAUCGAUUUGAGCGCUUGUGAAACGAUAGAGGACAAAUCGAACGUUCGAGUGAGCGUCUUGGAGGCCUUUGAUCCUCUACUCAUUGUUAAGACUGAGGAAAUUAGAGAUUAUCCAAAGGAGACCAAGGACGAAGUCGAGUCUCCCUACAGCGGUUCUGUCUACGAUCCUUUUGACCCAUUCGACUACAUGUACAGCACAAGCGAAACCGUAAACUCUGAUCCGGUUUACGCGGCGGUCGAAAAAUCGACGAAAUCGCCGGCUGCGUCUCCUGCAGCUCCGCCCCCAUUGCCGCCUAGAAACUCUUCCGCCUGGAACACUAUUGAGAGAAGGAGAAGGACGUCUCUCGAUCGACGGCAAAAGCGACAAACUCGUCUUUACGAAAAUGUGACGGUAGUUAAAACAAGAGUUUCCCUUCAUGACUGUGAUCUGCGGGCAUUUCACAAAAUGGUCAAAUCCGUGCGAGAGGAAUUUCCAUUCAACGAUCCUAGUACAAAUAUCGGUCACGUGAUUAGUCCGAUGAUGGAGAAUUUAUAUCCGGAAGGAACGAGCAUAAAACUUGUCGUUCAUCCACAAAUACCUAGCGAGAGUAAUAAUGAUGAAGAAGCCGUUCCGUCCGUAACGUUUACCUGUGAUGUUAAUUGUAGCGUCGAACAUGUGAUACUCAACGUAGCAUGUUCAUUGGAAGAUGAAGAUACGGUAAAUGUGGAAAAAUACUGUUUAAGGGUCUGGGGCUUGUCAGAAUAUCUUGCCCCUAACACCACUUUAGCUCAGUACGAAUACAUUCAUCAGUGUAUUAAAUUAGAAAAGGAUAUUGAAUUAGCAAUCAUGAUUCGGAAAAAAAUAAAGAGGUCAAUCGCCAGAACCCUUCAGGAUGACAAUCGGGACCAAUGCCUUAAUUUAGAAGACUUACUUCCUACCGAACCGCUACAGCCUAUUUCCUACGAUACUCUGCUCAUUUUAUUAGAAACGGUGGAGAAGGAACUGGAACGAGUGGAAAAUGCAGCAGUGCAAUUGGCAACGACCAAUCAAGGUUCAAGUUUGUUGCCCCACCUACAACCCCGAGGUGUUGUUCAAACAGUGAAAGCCGUUUGCGCCUUGAUGGGCAGCAUCGAAACCUACGAGAUCACCGAGGCAGUUGACAAUUUCGUGAACGCCUGUUGCCAAUUUUUGCCCCAAGUCCACACUACCAAUAUCAUUGAAUGCAAGAAUCCCGAAAUUCUUCACGAGGAUGGCGAUUAUUCAGUCGUCACUCUCAGAACGAAAUUUCCGGACCUCAUUUCCUCCCACUGUCACAAAAUCCGCGACGCCAUUCAGGAUUUGGUCGAGACUUACUGCCAUGCCUUCAGUGUCGAUUUCCAGUUAAAUAGCAGAGGGGAAUUUCCAACGAAUACUCUCAUCUCGUCAGAAGUUCUGGACACUGUUCUUGUACGAGUGGGAGCCUUGCACAGGUUGCCAGUCACAUGGAAUCAUGAUGAUUAUAUCGUCGCUGCUCAAAUAUUUCAUGGGACUCGUCCCGUGGGAAAUCCAGUGCUUUCUGAACCCAUGACCGUCAGCUCAAAUUUCUAUCCGAGAAUUUUAUUCAACUCCUGGUUGGAAUUCCGAGGCAUCAGCGUUUGUCAAGUUCCAAGGGAAGCGAGAUUAGUUCUUGUUCUUUAUGGCCGGACUUUGCAGCCCACGGAACAUGAGUCAAAUUCUUCUAAUAGUGGUAGUGCCGGUGUGAGUGUAGGUGGCGCUGAAGGCUCCAUGCAGAAGGAGGAACUUGGCUGGGGAUCAAUUCAAUUUUUCGAUUACGACUGUGCAAUGAGCCAAGGGAGUUUUUUCCUCUCGAUAUGGCCUGCAUCGGCAGAUAAAAGAUUGGGACCGGCCCCUGCUCCCGGAAUUCAUCCUCAUGGUGACACUCAUCCCAUAAUUGGAUUGGAACUGCCAGAUUAUGGCGGAAAAGUCUUGUUUCCUUCAGCAGAACUUGAGGAUCACAAUGUCGAGUCGCUGGAUUUCAAUUCUUUGGAUCAAAACACCCAGGAAUUGUUACUUGAUAUUACACAGCAGGACACGUUUUCCAGGCCGCCCGUCGAGGAGAGAGAAGUUCUUUGGGAAAAGCGACACUAUUUGCACAACAGACCAGAAGCUCUACCAAAAAUAUUGCUGGCAGCUCACAGUUGGGAUUGGGCAUGUUUACCAGAUUUGCACGCCUCUCUCAAAGUUUGGACACCUUUGCCUCCAGUCCAAGCCCUUCAGCUACUUUUGCCCUGUUUUCCCGACAUGAAAGUCCGAGAAAUGGCUAUCAGCUGGAUUCGGGAAUUAAGUAAUGACGAGCUCGUCGAUUAUUUGCCGCAGCUUUUGCAGGCACUGAAACAUGAAACUUAUGAAGCGUCUCCUCUUGCCAGAUUUUUGCUUGAACGAGCUUUACUCUCUCCGAGAGUUGCGCAUCAUAUUUACUGGUUACUGACUCAAGCUCUUCCCGGAUUAAGUCCUCAGAAUUCGGCAGAGACUUCUUUAGAUGACGACAAGAGUCUCAGUCUAGCCCGAUAUUACCGAAGACUGCAGCUGAUGUUGAGGGCUCUUUUGGCUGUGAUUGGCGAAGCUUUAAGGAAUAGUUUCUUGACUCAACAGUGUCUUGUAAAAAAUCUGCACGAGGUUGCCGAAAACAUUAAGAAUACCAAAGAAUCUUUGAGAAUGGAGUCACUAAAGUUGGGAUUGCAGAAUAUAAACUGUCAACUUGUGGAGGACGAAGGAACUUGCCUGCCACUUUCCCCAAGUCGUCAAGUUUUCGGAAUUAAUGUCCAGACUUGUUCCUACUUCCCCUCGUUCACGCUUCCACUCAAGAUUAACUUUAUCACAUGUGAUCAAGUCAUCAGUCCUGCCAUUUUCAAGGUCGGUGACGAUUUGCAGCAAGACAUGCUCACUCUGCAAAUGGUCCGAAUAAUGGACAAGCUCUGGUUGAAAGAGGGCCUCGAUUUGAAAAUGGUAACUUUUGCCUGUGUGCCCACGGGCCACAAACGUGGCAUGAUCGAGUUGGUCUCGAAUGCGGAAACCUUGCGGAAAAUCCAGGUCGAGUUUGGACUGACCGGCUCUUUCAAGGAUCGGCCAAUCGCCGAAUGGCUCGCCAAGCACAAUCCUUCCGAAUUGGAAUACGAAAGAGCUGUCGAGAAUUUUACGGCCUCCUGUGCUGGCUACAGUGUCGCCACCUAUAUUUUAGGAAUCUGUGAUAGACAUAAUGAUAAUAUUAUGCUGAAAACUUCCGGACACUUGUUCCACAUCGAUUUCGGGAAAUUCCUCGGCGAUGCGCAAAUGUUUGGCAAUUUCAAGAGAGAUCGAACCCCUUUUGUUUUGACGUCGGAUAUGGCCUAUGUGAUCAACGGCGGAGACAAACCCUCGGCGAAAUUUCACCAUUUCGUGGAUUUGUGUUGUCAAGCCUUUAACGUAGUUAGGAAACAUGGAAAUCUGAUUCUCCAUUUAUUUGGAUUGAUGACCUCUUCUGGAAUUCCGGGAGUUACGAUGGAUGCUGUGAGUUAUGUACAAAAGGCCCUUCUUCCUGGAGAAACAAAUCAUGAAGCCGCUGCUAGUUUUGCCAGGAUGAUUGAGAGCUCCCUGAAAAGCUGGUUCACUCAGUUCAAUUUUUUUCUGCACAAUUUGGCACAGCUCAGGUUUUCUGGCGAACACAACGACGGCGAACUUUUGUCUUUUAUUCCGCGAACCUACACAAUGCAGCAGGAGGGUCAGUUAACGAGCGUUCAAGUUCACGGAUAUCAGAAGCGAUACGAUCCAGAAAAAUAUUAUAUGUACAUACUUAGAAUACAGAGGAAGGGUCAGGCCGAUCCGACUUAUCUAUUUCGAUCCUACAAAGAGUUUUGCGAGUUCUACCAAAAACUCUGCAUCCACUUCCCCCUUGCCAAAGUUGUCAGUUUACCCAGCGGAAUGAGCGUCGGUCGAUCAAACAUAAAGCAAGUAGCAGACAAACGCCGAGCUGACAUUGAAAAAUUCCUCCUGAGCCUCUUCAAAUUGGCCCACGAGAUUUCUCACAGUCCCCUUGUCUACACGUUCUUCCAUCCUCUUUUGCGAGAUCAACAAAACGCCGACAUUCAUCUCCGCAAAGUCAAAGUUGGAAAUUGUUGGUGGGCUGAGAAAAAAGUCCGCGACAAUGUCGAAAGUGGACAGAUAAAAUUGUCUUUUCAUUAUACGCGAGGAACUCUCUGCGUGAUGGUCCAUCACGUGAGAGGUUUGUCAAAAGUUCCCAAUGCUCCCGAGCCCAAUACCUACGUCAAGGUUUACCUCAAGCCCGAUCCCACCAAGGCAACCAAACGGAAAACAAAAGUCAUAAAAAAAAAUUGCCAUCCCACUUUUAUGGAAACGUUGGAGUACAGAAUGCCUUUGCACGUGAUAAAAGAAAGAACUCUGGAAGCGACCAUCUGGAACCACGACACUCUCCAAGAAAACGAAUUUCUAGGAGGAAUUCGCCUGCCGCUUUGCCGACUUGAUUUAACCAAGGAAACGAUUGAAUGGUACCCUCUAGGAGGCAUUCGAUGAAAUCCUAUAUUUUACAAAUUUUCAAUCAGCUGUUAUUAUUUCUUAGUUUUUUUUUCAAUUUCAAAUCAAAUCUCAAA